AUGGCCAUGACCACCCAAGCCAUCCACGCCGACGACACCUUCACCCCUCACCGCGCCAUCGCCCCAGCCAUGCACGUCGCCGUCACAUAUCGCUACACACGCGAUUCCGACUCCCUAACACCGAACGACAACACAGACCCCACCGCCCCCCAAGACUCCCACAUCUACGCCCGCUACUCCACGCCCAACACCGCCCGCUUCGAGACCAUCCUGCGCAGCCUCUUCAACUCCCACCCAGUCCUCACCUACUCCACCGGCCUAGCAGCCUUCCACGCCAUCCUCGUACACCUGAACCCCCGCCGCAUUUUCAUCGGCGACGGCUACCACGGCGUCCACGCCGUCAUAGACAUAAUGAGUAAGCUUACUGGGAUGAAAAAGCAUUCUCUCGAGGACCUGGAGCACAAUAUACGCCCCGAGGCAGGCGAUAUCAUCCACGUCGAAACGCCCGUGAACCCCACCGGCGAAGCGCGGAACAUAGCAUAUUAUGCUGGGAUCGCAAGGUCUGUAGGGGCGUGGGUGACUGUUGAUGCGACGUUAGCGCCGCCGCCUUUGCAGGAUCCGAUCGCGUUGGGUGCGGAUAUCGUAAUGCAUAGUGCGACGAAGUAUAUUGGGGGGCAUUCGGAUUUGUUGGGUGGGGUGUUGGUUUUUGGUCCUGGGGCGGUGGAAAGGGGGUGGGUGGAGAGGAUGAAGAGGGAGAGGUUGGUUUUGGGGGCUGUGAUGGGGAGUUUGGAGGGCUGGUUGGGGGUUAGGUCUUUGAGGACGUUGGAGUUGAGGGUUAGGAGGCAGGCGGAGACGGCGGUGGGGUUGGUGAGGUGGUUGGUUCGGGAGGUUGGGGAGGGGGAUGGGUCGGUUGUUGGUAGGGUCGUGGAGAGGGUGAGGCAUGCUUCGUUGCAGGAGGAGGAGGAUGGUGGGUGGUUGAAGAGGCAGAUGAGUGGAGGGUUUGGGGCUGUGUUUGCGAUCUGGGUGAAGAAGGAGGAGUGGGCUAGACGGUUGCCUGGGAAGAUGGUGGUUUUUCAACAUGCUACGAGUCUUGGAGAUGUGGAGAGCUUGAUUGAGUGGAGGGCGAUGAGUGAUGAGGGGUGUGAUAGGAGGUUGUUGAGGGUUAGUUGUGGGUUGGAGGAUUUGGAGGACUUAAAGGGGGAUUUUGUGAGAGGGUGUAGGGCUUUGCUUUCUUGA